ACCGAUAGUCGCUGUCUGACUUGAAAGAGGUGUUUACUUUAUGAAAUUGAUCAGCAUUCAACAUCCAGAUAAUAAAAAGCCUAGAUAUGUCUGCUCAAGUUUAAUAGAUUUGUGACGGGUUUGAAAAGGAACUAUUUUUCAAAUAUUUAAAUAUUGUUAAACUUACGAGAAACGUCAUUUAAUUGGUAAAGGUAUUGACGAGAAAUUAUCUGCUUGAUCAACCUUAGGAAAGGAGGGUUCUAUGAAUAUAAAGCUUGGAGAUAUAGAUUGUGGUUUUCAUUUGAGAAAAAUUUAUCGUCUGAAUACGUUUGCAGCGAUUGAUGGACGUUUUAAGGGGAACAAAAAUUAAUCCAUCUUCAUUUAUAAAAUGCUGUAAAUGAAAAGUUAUGGUGAAUAUUUUGGAAGACAUGCACACUGUAAACAAACCGGGAUCUUUACCCAAAAUUGUUAUUACAAGGGCUUCCGGGAGCAACCCGUUUGACCCUCAUGCACACAGCCAAUAUGCUGGAGAAAAACUGCAGGUUCGCAUGGUCACCUUGGACGAAAAAUACAGAAGCCACCUCCUACAUCAACAGAUCAAGGCUUUUGAAGAGAAGGUAUACACAUCAUACGACAACUUCAACGUGGACAUAAUGCUGAAAAUGUUCAGAGAACUAGCCAGGAGGUGCAAGGGAAGUCGCGACAUUUACACAAUAGGAGGGAUACGCCAAGCUAUUAAUCAGGAAAUUCGCAAACUACGCAUGCGCAAAAGAAACAAACGACUUCCUGUCUCCGAGGACAUUGGCAAUGAACAUGACGAUGUGAUGGAAUAUUUCAAUUGGUUUUUCAAGAACUUGUCUUAUCUUCGAGAACUUAGAAACAAUUUCGUCAGUCGUAUCUUCAAUCCAUUAUUCAAAUAUUUUUAUACUGUUUCGCACGGAGGACCAGAUCGGGAACGCUCCACAGAUUCAGCUAUGUCUAUGUCAAAUCUAAGCGUGGCAUCCCACCGUUCUUUCGACAGUGGAAUUACAGGUAUUUCCGGUUGGAGUUCCUUCCGGUUUUCGGAUACGGAGAGCCAAGCUUCAGGGGAUGACAAUAUCCCAAGCGCCCGGAAACAAAUGAUAUCAAAAGCUGCUCUUCAACUUCUAGGCCGAGAAUUGCGAGAUGUAAGGAACUUGUAUGAUACCACCGAGCUAGAAAAAACAGCACAACGACUAGCUCUAGUCAAAGAACAACUAGACUAUUUGAUAGACAACGAAGAGGCUAUCAACCAGGCGUUAUUCAGUCAGGAUAGUGAAAGGGUUGUCAGCCACCUUAAAGUUAAGAACUCUCGGACUUACACACUGAUGCGCCUCAUACCUGAUAUUCUAGUUAAAUGCCAGAUUUGUGCAUGGCUGGCACGGAAGUGGCUGGACAUUGAUGACAAGAAAACGAAGGAUCUGAAAGAGAGGCUUGGCAAAUUAGUAUCGCUGGAAGACCAGCUGUCCAGAAGACUUAAGAUGCUAUCUGUUGACAUCCAGAAACACGAGAGAAAGCUGGAAAAUGAAACCAAUGAAUUACAAAAGCUUUUAAAACGAGAGGAAAGAACCAGCGAGCUGGAAAUGACGCUUCAUGGUUAUGAAAAUCGGGAAAGAGAUUUAAAAGAUUACAUUGAGAAAUUAGAAAAGGAAAAAUUAGAUCUUACGACAAAAUUAAAUCACGCAAUUAAGGAAAAGAAAACCGGGGAGUAUAAAACUCUGCAGACGAUGUUGGACAGAAAUAAAUUACAGCUUUUUGCAAUGGAGCGACAGAUGGGAACAAUGAGCUACCACAAGAACAUCGUUCAAAACGAUAUGCAGGUAGAAUUAGAGGUGAAGACCAACAUCAUCCACUUCACAAACGACGUCCAAGACCAGUGCGAGGAGCUGGAAAAGAUGCUGGAAACCGAGAAAAAAGAGAAACGGACAAUACAAGCCGCUCUUAUCCCUAUUGCCCAAGAUACAGAGCAAAUACGGGAACGUUUGCGCGAUAAGACAUAUCCUGUAGAAGACAAUGAAGGUAUUGUUGCGCAGUAUAUCGGAAGUAGUCGGAUUCCAUUAUCCACCAUGAGUGUCAUGGAAAUGAAGCGAAGAUUCGCGGCUGAUAAUCCUAAUCCAAAACACGUACCAGUCUUCGAAAGUCCGCGAAAAGUUAACAUAUUCAAGACCGAGAUUCAGCCGUUUCCGAAAACGCCGGAUUUUGAUUGGUGAACUGCUGGUACGCUUUCAAGCGACGAAGACAUUUAACAUCGAUUACUUUCAAAUGUUUUCAAAGCUGGUCUGAAAUACAUGUACGUGUAACCAUGAUGAUGCAGAUGUUAUGUUUACAUGUACAUCAGAAAACAGUGCAAACAUUGAAUUGUUGCUGUCAUUGUGGGUACAGAAUUAUAUCCAAAAAACGUAAAUGAAGCUAUCAAGUUUGGCAUUCAUUUUAAGAGUUUUAUGAUUUUCCACAAAUUAAAUUGCAUGAUUAUGUUAGUGCUAAAACUUCCAUACAGUGUACAAUUCAUAUUUUACAAUCCUUGAUUAGGGUCCAUAAAUCCAAUUAGUGUUUAUGAACCAUACACCUCACCAUUCAGUAACAGUGACCCCACCUUGUAGAAUUAGACUGUUUUGUGUGCAGUCUUAUCAGAGCUAUACGAUGAAAUUGGCAUUAAUGAAAUGUUCGUUGAAUUCUUUGAUGUCGAUUUACCAUGCUUGAUACACAUUUUCCUUUCAGGUGCUUGUAGAUGGCUCUUUCUCUCGCUCUGCAUUUAAACGUCAUUAGAAAAAUCAUAUCAGCCCGUGUUACAAUAAAGAUUUUUAAUAGGUCUAGUACAUGCACAUUUUAUGGACAUAGGACAGCAUUUUUAUUUCCUUGUACUUUUCGUUGAAUAAAUGAUUGAUAAUUGGU